AUGUCCACCGUUCCCAUUGAGCCUCUUCUCCACCAUUCUUCUCUUCGUCGCAACUCUAGAAUCUAUCGCGGAGCUAGAGGCUUCUUGCCUUGCUCGUUGAAUCUCCGUUGUCAUCUCACUUCGAAGAAGCUACACUCGGUUGGUAGAAGCGUCGGCUCCGGCACGAGCUUAGGUUUUCGCAGAAGGUGCGCCGCGAUUCGAGCUAGCUCCUCCGAUACUGCCGUCGUCGAAACCUCUCAAUCGGAUGAUGUCAUCUUCAAGGAAAAUUUCCCCGUACAGCGAAUCGAAAAGGCAGAAGGAAAGAUUCAUGUUCGAUUGAAGCAAGUGAAGGAGAGUAAUUGGCAGCUGAGUGUUGGAUGUAGUCUUCCUGGAAAAUGGAUCAUUCACUGGGGAGUUUCAUAUGUGGGUGAUACUGGCAGUGAAUGGGAUCAACCUCCGGAAGAUAUGAGACCACCUGGUUCGAUUGCCAUCAAGGACUAUGCCAUAGAGACACCUCUAGAGAAGUUAUCUGAAGGAGAUUCGUUUUAUGAAGUUACUAUUGACCUAAACUUGGAAAGCUCAGUAGCAGCUCUCAAUUUUGUUUUGAAGGAUGAGGAAACUGGGGCAUGGUAUCAGCACAAAGGGAGAGAUUUUAAGGUUCCUUUUUUUGAUGAUGUUCCUGAUGAUGGAAAUUUGAUCAGAGCAAAGAAAAGCUACGGUGCCCUUGGACAGCUCUCAAACCUCGUUGUCAAACCAGACGAGCCCGGUGCAGAUGUUCAAGAAAAGAGCGAGAGCUCGUCUGAUUUGACAAAAGAAAGAAAAGGUCUUGAAGAGUUUUACGAGGAGAUGCCAAUUAGUAAACAUGUUUCCGGUGAUAACUCAGUCAGCGUAACUGCAAGGAAAUGCCCUGAAACAUCUAAGAACAUUGUGUCGAUUGAAACUGAUUUACCGGGUGAUGUUACUGUUCACUGGGGAGUUUGCAAAAAUGGCAGUAAGAAAUGGGAAAUUCCAGCUGAACCUUACCCGGAAGAAACAACUUUGUUUAAGAAGAAGGCAUUACGCACUCGUUUACAACGAAAAGACGAUGGAAAUGGAUCUUCUGGGUUAUUCUCUCUGGAUGGAAAGCUUGAAGGAUUAUGUUUUGUUCUCAAGUUAAAUGAAAAUACUUGGCUAAAUAAUAGGGGUGAAGACUUCUAUGUCCCUUUCCUUGCUUCAAGUAGCUUGCCCGUUGAAACUGAAGCUGCUCAAGUGAGUGGAAAGACACCCAAAACAAAUCAAGAAGUGUCCGAUAGUGGAUUUACUGAUGAGAUCAUCACUGAGAUAAGGAACUUGGCAAUUGACAUUUCCUCUCACAAGAAUCAGAAGACAAACGUUAAAGAAGUGCAAGAAAACAUUCUCCAGGAAAUUGAGAAACUUGCUGCGGAGGCAUAUAGCAUAUUUAGAAGCACAACUCCAACCUUUUCCGAGGAAAGUGUUUUAGAAGCAGAGGCUGAAAAGCCUGAAAUUAAAAUCUCCUCGGGGACUGGCUCGGGAUUUGAGAUAUUGUGUCAGGGAUUCAACUGGGAAUCUCAUAAAUCUGGGAGAUGGUACAAGGAACUUCAAGAAAAAGCCGAUGAGUUAGCUUCACUUGGAUUCACUGUUCUGUGGUUACCUCCACCGACAGAAUCUGUGUCACCUGAAGGGUACAUGCCUAAAGACCUGUAUAACUUGAAUUCCAGGUAUGGAACUAUUGAUGAGCUAAAAGAUACCGUGAAGAAAUUUCACAAGGUUGGGAUCAAAGUUCUUGGCGAUGCUGUUUUAAAUCACCGAUGUGCACACUUCAAGAAUCAAAAUGGUGUAUGGAAUCUCUUUGGAGGACGUCUGAACUGGGACGAUAGGGCAGUAGUUGCAGAUGACCCUCAUUUUCAGGGUAGAGGAAACAAGAGCAGUGGAGAUAAUUUCCAUGCUGCUCCAAACAUAGAUCACUCACAGGACUUUGUUAGGAAGGAUAUCAAGGAGUGGCUAUGCUGGAUGAGAGAAGAAGUUGGGUAUGAUGGAUGGAGGCUUGAUUUCGUAAGAGGGUUUUGGGGAGGUUAUGUGAAAGACUAUAUGGAUGCUACCAAACCCUACUUUGCGGCUCUUCAAAAAUGUGAAUAUUGGAGACUCUCAGACCCAAAAGGGAAGCCUCCUGGUGUAGUUGGAUGGUGGCCUUCUCGUGCUGUAACGUUCAUAGAGAAUCAUGACACUGGCUCUACUCAGGGUCAUUGGAGAUUUCCUGGAGGGAAGGAGAUGCAAGGAUAUGCAUACAUCUUGACUCAUCCAGGAACACCAGCAGUUUUCUUCGACCAUGUCUUCUCAGAUUAUCGUUCCGAGAUUGCUUCUCUCCUCUCGCUCAGGAACAGACAGAAACUCCACUGUCGGAGUGAGGUGAAUAUAGAUAAGAGUGAGAGGGAUGUCUAUGCGGCUAUAAUAGAUGACAAGGUCGCAGUGAAGAUCGGACCAGGGCAUUACGAACCACCAAGCGGAUCUAAAAACUGGUCCGUAGCCGUCGAAGGCAGAGACUACAAGGUGUGGGAAUCAUCUUGA